AUGCCGUCCAUCUGGCCUUUCGCCAGCGCCAGUGCUGGUACCGGGUCACCAACACCCGCCGACCGAUCGUCAUCCUCCAGCAGCCAACCGCAGCACCCCGCAGCACCAGCCCCAGCCGCCGCCAUCCCACCACUGAUCAUCUGCGAAGGCUUCCUCAGCGCCGCACAGAGCGUCGUGUGGGGCAACGAGUUCCGCACCUACCUCGGCGUCGGACACCAGCAACUCCUCGACCAACUUUGCCCAGCUCCUCCAUCAACGUCCUCCUCUUCCUCGGGGGCGGCGGGGGGGAGAAGCCGGCGGUCCGGCGUGGGGUCGGAGCGUACAGUGGUGUUUGCGCCUAUUGGGCCUGUUUCGAGUCUGCACGAUCGGGCGUGUGAGCUGUUCUAUGCGCUGCGCGGGGGUACGGUGGACUACGGCGAGCAGCAUGCCCGCGAGCAUGGGCAUUCGCGCUUCGGGCGUCAUUAUCGCGAGGGGUUGUGUCCCGGCUGGGGACCUGCGUGCGGGGAGCGCGGUAUGCCGGCACAUUUCCUGGGACACAGUCUGGGAGGACCGACAAUUCUCAAACUGCAGCAGCUGCUCCGGCUCGGGUUCUUCGACCGUGCGCUCGGACGGGGGGAAGGCGACGCGUGGAAGGCGCAAGACCUGAUUCUGUCGAUCACGUCCGUCUCGUCGCCGUUUCGCGGAACCCCGCUGGUGUACAGCCUAGGCUCCGAACCGCUGCCAUACCCGAAAGUACGCAUGUUCAGCUUCGGCGACCUGCUGUCCAAGUUUAUCCACAUCGCCGCGUUUCUCGACCUGCCCUUCUUCGAUGCGCAUGCCGACGCGUGGCACUUUUCGGCCAAACGACGCAGGCGAGCCGUGCAGCGAUCGCAGCUGCCGCGGGGCGGUGUGGCCGCUGAGACGGCGACGGGCAAGGAUGUGCUGCGCCAGAUGGGGGAUCCCGAAGCCGGGUACGAGGAGGGAGGGGAGAGCGCGCCGGUGGCGGGGACGGCGGGGUUGAAAGAGUUUUUGAGGCAGCUGUGGAAGAGCGAUUGGGCGGGGGGAAGGGACUGCGCGCCGUGGGACUGUACGUUUGCCGAGCGCGAUCGAGAUCGUGCAGACGACAAGUGGGGGUUGGAGGUAGGGGAUGUGAAGAGGAGCGGGAGGACUUGGUAUCGGUCGUACGCUGGUGGAAUGACUGUGGCUGAUCAUGCUGAGGAGCAACAACAACCGCAGUUCCAACGUCCGGAAACCUACUGGUCGCUCUCGCCGCUCACGUUCACCGCACACCUUAUUGGGCAUUUCGAUUACUCAAAGUUGCAGCCGCCUCCAUCGUUUCUGAUCUCAACACCAGCAGCGGCAGAGGGAAAAGAGGAAAGUCGAGGGAAGGCCGAGGACACGUCAGCAUCAAUGGCCAUGGCCAUGGCCAUGGCAAACCUGUCGCCAACAUGGUGGGCUAACGAUGGGGUCGUACCGCUAGCUUCGCAAUUCCACCCUUUCGACUGCCACCCGGAUCGGUGCUGUCACUUCAGGGGGAUGCCUGCCUCGCUGCCCUUUGGCAAACGUCGACCACGACCGCAGUCGGCCGACCUCAAGGUCCACUCUCCCUCGUCUUCGCCCUCGUUCAGCCCUGCACUCGCGCCGUUCUCACCCGUGGACUCUGAGACAGCAACGCUAGUCAACGUGCGUUAUGACGACACGGCGCUCUCGCACGAGCACAGUUGCCGGGAGAAGAUGGCUGAGACCCACACGACGACAGUAGGUAUGCAGCUCUCACUCCCGGUCCCGGCAACGCACACGCCCAAGAGCGGGGGCGGCAAUCGAUCCAUGCUCGGCUCGGCGCGCUCGGCAGCAAAGAUCGCGUACCUCACGUCGCUACGCGCAAUCAACCUGCACGACCCACCCCUGGUCACACCGAGCGAGGAAGAGCUGCGCUCGUUCCUCCCCGAUCUCACGCCCACCGCCGAUGAAACCCCGUGUGCUUCUCCGCUCAUCCGCGGUGGGCGGCGCGAGGAGGAUGCGAUGCGCGAACUGAUGGACCCGCGCGACAACCAGUGGUACACGUUCGAGAUCGACAACCUGGAUCAUACCUCACUGUGUCCCUUUUGGACGGGCAGCGAGGUGCAGAAGCAGUUCUGGACCGGCAUCGGUUGGUUUUUAGCUUCCGUCGACCGCAAGGCUGGGUUCGCUGGUGCGGGUGGUGGUGAGUCUGCGUAG